GACUCUCUCCUUGGAUGUUGUGCAACAAUCACAUGCUACCGAAGCCCCAAUGGAAAAUCCAAAAGACGAUGAACAAAAGCCAACGGCUCCAAGGGCUCAACCGCCGGAAAAACCCGCUCGUAAACGGAAUCAAGUUAAAAUUCCGCCCAAGAUCAGGGCGGCAAAACUAACACCUACCGCCAUUCUGUGUGAAUUGACGCGCCUGAAGGCGCAGCAAAAAUAUCUCGAAUGCAAUCAAGUCAAGCUGAAUCCCAAUAAUUUCAUACUCAAAGAUGAUGAGGGCACAGAUUCAAAGACCGAGUCUUGCCAAGAGCCGGAAACUGGUCGAAAUCCACGACCCAACAGUUCCUCCACGGCAGAUCUAAUAGGUCUGAUCAACGAAAUCGAACAGGAGAAACUUGUGCUCCAUGAAAAACUUAAGCUAUAUAGCAGCGAAAAGCGUGGAGAGCUUCAGGAUAUGUGGCAUUUUGUGGCCACCGUUAAGGAGGAUGUCUUUCGGCCAGAACGUCUUAGCCAAUAUACAGUGAAUGCUCUAAGGGAAAGAAUCGUUGGCCUAAAUGCCCAAUUGUAUCGCUUGGCUGCUAGGAACUCAAAGGAACUCGAAGAACUGAGGGAGCAGUACGCUAAAAUGGAAAUUGAAAAUAAGCUGUUGUGGAAAGGUAGCAUGUAGAUUAAUAUACAGCAACUUUUGGAUUAGUUUUUUUUUCACUUUUUCACAUAGAUAAUAUCCCAAAAAUUUGUAUUUGUUCUAUAACUUGAAU